UAUAUUAAAAUGUCUAGAAGAUUCAUUUUUUUGCUUAUUGUAAUUGCGGUUUUCGUCUAUUUUUCAUUAAUUUUGUUUAUGUUACGUCCGUUGCAAGGAUCAAAACACCAUUACGGUAAUAAAUUAAUUAAUCAUCUUGGUAUACGAGAAACACCCAGGGUGAGUUGGUGUAAACAAUUGCAUUGGCGUUCACCGCCAUCACCAAACGUGGUUGCGCUCGUUUCAUAUCCAGGAAGUGGAAAUACCUGGCUGAGAUAUCUUUUGCAACAGGUUACAGGUGUUGUAACAGGUUCGGUUUACAUGGACUAUGGUCUUCGAAUGCAUGGCUUUCCUGCAGAAAAUGUUACAGAUGGCUCGGUACUAGUCGUUAAAACUCACGAAGCACCCCCUCUCGAAGCAGCCAAGUUCAAAGCUGCCAUACUUCUUAUCAGAAACCCUCGAGACGCUAUUCUGGCAGACUUUAAUAGACUUCACAAGGGCCAUAUAGGGACAGCGCCAAAAUCUGCUUUCAAAAAAAUAAACAAAUAUAAAAAAUCUGAUUGGUCAACUUACGUAUUUAAUCAACUGUCAACGUGGGAGUCUCUCCAUCGUCUCUGGCUCAAGAAGUUCUGGGGACCUGUACACAUAGUAUUUUACGAAAUCCUCGUACAGGACACUCGAAAAACAUUACAAGGGAUAUUGGAUUUUCUCAACUAUACUGUGUCUGAAGGCGACAUGGACUGCACGCUGGCUAAUCAGGAAGGAAUUUAUAGACGGAAGAAGAAAUACCACAAUUUCGAUCCAUUCUCAACUGAAAUGUAUUUCGAGAUAAAUAAAGUGCGAAACAGAGUACUGAAUAUAGUUUCUAAUUAUAUGAAGAAACAAAACCGCACCGGCCUAUACAGUAGAUAA